CAACCGCGACACAAUAAAAAAGGCGGUUGGCAAAGUCUCCCGUUGACUUCGGAUAAACACAGGUAGCUUUGACAGUUACAAAGGGCAAGAGGCAUGCCCAAGAGAUUCCGAAGACGAUCCCGACAGAACGUUAGCGACUCUGAAGAUGGAUGAAACCAGCGAUGACCCGCUGAAAACGUUAGAGAAAGCCUACUGUCCCCCUCUUGAUGCCGCCCUAUUUACGGCUAUUGUUUUCGACUAUGACAUUACAGACCCCGCGCAGCUCCAGCAGCUGCGCGAAACUCUAGACACGCUGAAACUGUCCGCAUGGGAACAAGAGGAUCUGCCAUUUGAUCCGUCUGGGACGAGCGGACUAAACCUAGGGAGCGGCUUUGACGUUGAUGCGAUUUUAUCCGAACCUAGCGGGUCUCAGAAUGACACCGUGCGAUCACGCGAGACUGAUCUCACCAGUGAGCUUUCGUCUCUAAGCGUGGGCGAUAAGGGCCGCCCAGGAUGCUCGUCGCGUGUGUCAUACAUCAUUGGAUCUGACGGAACCCUUUCUCUCUUUGGGGCAACGGAAGAGGACAAGAUCUUCUACUUGGCGGAGAUGUUUCCCUCGGCUGAGCGCUUUACGAUCCAACAUACCCUCAAGAAGGCUAAUGGCGACGUUGACCGGUCUAUGGACAUUCUUCUAAACCUUGCCUUUUUUGACGAGCAACCUUCUGUCGAGGAUGGGACCAAGGUCCUUGUGCCGAAGGGUGUGGACGGGUUUGAGGAUGGCGGAGGCGGAGGCGGGCGAAAGAAAGGGCGUAAGCGCAAGGGGAAGAAUAAGAGCGGGAGAAGCGAGGUCCCGUCUCCUCUUAGCUCGGAUCUAGAACCGCUGUCUCCAGACACAAGUAGUACGGCCAAUAAGUGGGAUGCCGCGCUAAGGGACGUCGACUUCAUUUUCUCUCGGACCUUUCCUAUUCUAAAGAAGGAAACCAUCACCUCAACAUAUCAUGCCAAUGGAGCUUCCUUGCCUGCGACCAUUCGGUGCCUCGCAGAUGCGAAUGCGCCCAAGGUUGUGCCGACUAGCAAUGAACACCCAGUCAUUGGCGCGCAGGUAGCGGAACUGACGCAAGAGUUCCCUUCUCUUGCGCCGACCCUUUUGGCUGGUCUCUUGGAAAUUACAAGGAAUUCAAUAUCGGCGGCUCACGAGUUAGCAGCCGCACUUUUGGCAAGCCCCACAACACAGCCGGUCACUGAGCUGAUCAAAUUCACCACCUCGCCUCCGCCAGUUGAUGCUGAGCAAGCGGUUCCCAAGAAACGGACUACCGAAUCCAGAUCGUCUUCCUCCCAGAAUUACGAGCAAGUGAGUAUUUCAGCGGGUUACCAUUUCUCUGCCGGAGCAGAAGCCCUGUCAAAAGCUUCGGCAGCUUAUAAGCGCGGGAAGUCGGACCGGUUAAUGGGGGGUGCAGCUGCAUAUUACUCUGCAGUUGGCCGCGACUAUCUUGAGCGCGCAAAGCGCGAGGCUGCCGCAGCCGCCGAUGCACUGGCGGACUCACAAUCAACGUGGAACACGUUGGAUCUACAUGGGGUUUCGGUGCAGGAUGCAGUGCGCAUCGCGGCGGCACGGGUGUCGCAGUGGUGGGAAUCCCUUGGCGACUCCAAAUAUAUGCGAGGAAGCAGCGGCGAUCCCGCCAGAGGAGGAUAUCGCAUCAUCACUGGCCUUGGACGACAUAGCCACGAUGGUACAUCACGUCUCGGCCCUGCUGUGGGGAAGAUGCUGGCGCGCGAAGGGUGGAAGGUGGAGGUUGGCGAAGGUAUUUUGACAGUAGUAGGAGCUGUUCGGCGUCGUUAAAUGAUCUCUGUGAUAUUUUAGUACUUGGUUAUUGUUCGAGAUAUCCUCUCAGCGUUUUAUCUGGAGUUUUUUUAAGCGAUCUCCCACGGGAUAUGUAUGUAUAUGAAUGAUUUCACUAUCUAGGUAGCAACCACCACCACCACCACCACCCUGAAUAAAAUAGACAAUAUUUCCAAAA